AUGGCCGUUGCUACACCGAAGAUCAAGUUAUACACCAACCAUAACUGUCCUUGGGCUCAUCGCGCUCAUAUUGCUCUCGCGGAGCUGAACCUACCAUAUGAUGAAGAAAUCAUCGACCUCUAUGUGCCUCGCACCCCAGAAUUCCUAAAGAUAAACCCUAGGGGGCUAGUCCCGACAUUGGAGUUUGACGGCGAGAUCAUCACCGAGUCGGCCAUUGUGGCCACAUUCCUAGCUGACGCUUUCCCCUCGAAGCUGUGGCCUGAGUCGACGGAUCCUCAGGGUCCCCUCAUGCGGGCGAAGAUCAACUUCUUCACCGAUGCAUACUUCUCGAAAGCCCAGAGCCAUUGGGGCAAAUUGCUGGUGGCAAAGACGGAUGAAGAGGAGAAGACCGCGGUGACUGCGUAUAUUGACACCAUAGUCAAGGAGGUUGAUCCUCUCCUCGUCGACGCCGCACCGUUCUUUGGUGGAAGCAGCACGCUCACGCUGGCUGAGGUACUGGCCGGAUCCUGGCUUCUGCGUGUGUACGCGCUCCCUAGCCAUGGCUUAGUCCCCUUAUCUCUACUAGAAGACCUCGCUAUCAGAGCGCCAAACUUUGACAGGUGGGCCAAGGAGGUUAUCAAGCACCCGAGCGUCCGCUGUAUCUGGAACGAGGAGAAGAUUAUUGCCGGCACAAAGGGUUGGAUCGCCAAAAUGAAGGCUUCAAUCUAG